AUGAAGGCGGCUAGGGUCAAGACGCCGCGGAGGCCGGCGCCGAAGAAGCCGUCCAACCCCAGCCUGAAGGAUCCGGUGGGGGUGUACUGCAGGGUGCGGCCGCUCAGCCGCCCGGACCAGGAGUGCUGCAUCGAGGUGAUCAACGAGACCACGGUGCAGAUCCACCCGCCCGACGGCUACCGCGUGUCCCGCAACGGGGAGUACCGGGAGACACAGUAUUCAUUUAAAGAAGUAUUUGGCACCCUAGUUGCUCAGAAGGAGCUUUUUGAUGUGGUGGCUAAACCUCUUGUGGAAGACCUCAUUCGUGGGAAAAAUGGCCUGCUUUUUACAUAUGGUGUAACGGGCAGUGGAAAAACACAUACCAUGACAGGAUCUCCUGGUGAUGGAGGACUUCUUCCUCGGUGCUUGGAUAUGAUCUUCAACAGCAUAGGACUGUUCCAGGCCAAGCGAUUUGUUUUUAAGCUUGAUGACAAGAAUGGUGUGGAUGUUCAGUGUGAAGUAGAUGCUCUAUUAGAGCGACAGAAAAGAGAUGCCAUGCCUGUUCCAAAAACUCCAUCUGGAAAGCGACAAAUAGAUCCAGAAUUUGCUGAUAUGAUCAAUGUCCAAGAUCACUGCAAAGUGGAAGAAGUUGAUGAAGAUAAUGUGUAUAGUGUCUUUGUCUCUUAUAUUGAGAUCUACAAUAACUACAUUUAUGACCUGUUAGAAGAAGCUCCCUUUGAUCCCAUAAAACCAAAGUGGAACAAUUGCAACACUCCUGUGCGAAACGGUGACUUUAUACCUCCACAAUCUAAAAUACUGCGUGAGGACCAGAAUCACAACAUGUAUGUCACAGGAUGCACCGAAGUAGAGGUGAAAUCUACAGAAGAAGCUUUUGAAGUGUUUUGGAGAGGUCAAAAGAAAAGGCGUAUUGCAAAUACUCAGCUGAAUAGAGAAUCUAGUCGCUCUCACAGUGUUUUUAUAAUAAAAUUGGCUCAGGCACCCCUGGAUGCAGAUGGUGAUAAUGUGCUACAGGAGAAAGAACAGAUCACUUUAAGCCAGCUGUCUUUGGUUGAUCUAGCUGGAAGUGAAAGAACUAACAGAACAAAAGCUGAAGGGAACAGGUUGCGUGAAGCAGGUAAUAUUAAUCAGUCACUAAUGACAUUAAGAACAUGUAUUGAAGUUUUACGGGAAAACCAGAUGUAUGGAACAAAUAAGAUGGUUCCAUACAGAGAUUCCAAACUGACUCAUCUUUUCAAGAACUAUUUUGAUGGAGAAGGAAAAGUGCGUAUGAUUGUGUGCGUUAAUCCCAAAGCUGAAGACUACGAGGAAAGCUUGCAAGUGAUGCGAUUUGCAGAAAUGACACAGGAAGUUGAAGUUGCAAGACCUGUUGAUAAACCACUCUGUGGCUUAACACCAGGGCGGCGCUUUAGGAAUCAGGCCUUUAGAGAAGAACUUUCACGGAAAUUGGAGAUGCGAGGUGGCCCAAUAAAUGGAGAGCAAUCUGUUUCAGAAAUGCUUUUGCAGAGCUUUCCUCCAUUGCCUUCCUGUGAACUAUUGGAUGUUAAUGAUGAUCAAACACUUCCAAAGCUUAUUGAAGUCCUGGAAAAACGCCAUAAGCUACGACAAAUGUUGUCAGAGGAAUUUGCCAAGAAUGUGCUUGCGUUUAAAACUAUGCUGCAAGAAUUUGAUUCCAGCGUUGUAUCGAAGGAAAACUAUAUUCAAGGAAAACUGUCUGAAAAAGAGAAAAUAAUAGCAGGACAGAAAAUGGAGUUAGAACGCCUGGAGAAGAAAACUAAAACUCUGGAAUAUAAGAUUGAGAUUUUGGAGAAAACUGCUACAAUUUAUGAGGAAGAUAAACGUAAUCUCCAGCAAGAACUAGAAAGCAAGAGUCAGAAAUUGCAGCGUCAAGCUUCUGACAAGCGUAGACUGGAGGCACGGUUGCAAGGCAUGGUGGCGGAAACGACCAUGAAAUGGGAAAAGGAGUGUGAACGUCGUGUAGCAGCAAAGCAGCUGGAAAUGCAGAACAAACUUUGGGUCAAAGAUGAAAAACUGAAGCAACUAAAGGCCAUUGUUACUGAACCAAAGAAUGAGAAACCUGAGAGGCCUUCACGGGAGAGAGACAGAGAGAAGCCUGUUCAGAGAUCAGUGUCUCCUUCACCAGUACCUACUUCUAGUAACUGCAUUACUCAGGUCCCUAACAGCCAGCGACUUGUGAGCAACCCACAGGUGCACAGACGUUCUAAUUCUUGUAGCAGCAUUUCUGUGGCAUCCUGUAUUACGGAAUGGGAGCAGAAAAUCCCUUCACACAAGCAUACCAGUGGCACUUCUAAUGCAAGGAGUAGACUACAAGAACCAGAACAAAGUAGAAACUAUAAUGCUUCAGAGAGAAGGCGAGGGAUGUGCUGGACUGGAGUCAUUGAGGUUCCCAGGCGUAGAGAUGAGCUAGAAAUAGAAGAGGACCAGUGCUGCAGGAAAUUUACCGUGUGCUGAUUUCUUCUGAUUCUCUUCUACUUUGAUCAGAAUGCACCUCCAGUUCGUCUCAGACACAGACGGUCACGCUCAGCUGGGGAGAGAUGGGUAGAUCAUAAGCCACCUUCUAAUCUGCCCACUGAAACAGUCAUGCAGCCGCAUGUCCCUCAUGCCAUCACAGUAGCGGCUGCAAGUGAAAAAGCACUAGCUAAGUGUGACAAAUAUAUGCUGACGCACCAGGAGCUAGCCUCUGAUGGGGAGAUUGAAACAAAACUAAUUAAGGGUGAUGUUUUCAAAACCAGAGGCGGUGGACAGGCUGUCCAGUUCACAGAGAUAGAGACUCUAAAGCAAGAAUCUCCAACUGGUCGAAAGCGAAGAUCGUCACCUUCUAAUCCUAACCCACCAGAAGAUGCUGCAGACUCUGAAUGGACUGAUGUAGAAACUAGAUGUUCUGUGGCAGUGGAGAUGAGGGCAGGAUCUACUCUUGGACCUGGAUAUCAGCAUCAUGCUCAGCCCAAGCGAAGAAAACCAUGAGCUUAAUGUAAUACUGCAUUGGAAUCCUGUUGAUCGUAUCAAAGGGAUGUAACCUACUGCCAGUAAUAACUUGAUAAAGUAACUGCUUUGUUAUCACUACAGGCUUGUAUUCUUAUAAUGACUAUACUAGGCAGUGGUUAAAUGGGAGACGGUUCUUGCAAACCCAAAAAAGUAUGUGUGUGUGUAGUUUCAAUAGACUUGGGGAGGUUCUGCCACUGUGUGCUUUGGACUUCUGAAGAGCACCUUCUGUCUUAUAGGUAUGAAUCCCUUGUUAUUAAGUUGUAUCUCUAUAGGCUGAUAAUACAAGGCUUCUGCUUUGUGUAUUUUUCAGCUUUUUCUUUUUAAAGUGCGAAAUAUUUCUAUUCUGGUCGCAAACCCUUCUUUUUCAGGUCUUUUGUUUUGAAAAGUCAUAAAUGCUGCUAUU